GCGCGUCCAGCACGAGAUCUUGGGGGCGCGGGCCGCUGGCGACCGCGAGCUGGCGGAGGACGACCUGCGGUGGCAGCUCGCGAACAUGCCCCGCGCGACCCCCGCUUCGACGCCGGCCGCGAGCCCCGGCCCCGGCGGCCUCGCGACAGGAGGCCAGGGCGCGCCCGCAGGUGGCCUGCGCGCGGCGGGGCCGGCCGCCGGCGGGCCGCCCGCGGCGAGCGCCUGGGAGCGCGACGACGAGCUGGAGAGCGUCCUGCCCGAGGACCUCGAGCUCGACCAACGAGAGGAUGUUCAGGCUCGCGGACGGCAAAGAGGUGAUGGUGGACCUGUCGCGCGUCCGCCUGGACGACUUCCAGCGCGUCUUCACCUCCGAGGACAAUGCCGCCUUCGAGGAGAUCGUCGCGAGAGACCUGAAGCGAAAGCGGGAGAAGUACUGGUGGAUCGAGGACGCCGAAAAGCGGCACAACACAGAGGUCAAGGCGCAGAAGUUCGCGAUCGCAAACGGCGACACGCUGCCGAAGGGUGUCGUCACGUUCGCCGAGCACAAGGGCCGGAACGCCCUGUCAUUCACGCCGCACGGGGUGCCGCAGCCUUCGCUCGAGAAGCCCAAGAUCCUGUUCAGGAACACCCGCUUCACCACCGACCAGCAGACGGACCUCGACGCUGGGUUCGCGGCGCAGGUGGCCUCGCGCCGCGCGCGCAUGGACGGGGAGAAGCUCGAGAACGCGCUGGCGGCCGCGGCCACGGACGGCAAGUUCGAUCUGUCGCAGCUGCAGGCGCAGACCGCGCGGGCGCCCGGCGGCCGCCUGGAGCUGCUGUCCAAGAAGUCCUACGGCCUGCUGCAGACGCCCGCGCUGCUGCCCGGGGUGGACGGGCUCUCGCCGCUGAUGACGUACGGCAAGGUCGCCUCCACCCCGAGGCUGCUGGACGAGGAGGACCGCGGGCCCCGGUUCAACAUGGCCGACAAGGACGAGCGGGAGCUGGCAGCGGAGCGCCUGCAGCGGGACGCCGCGGAGCGCCAGCGGCAGAAGAAGGCGGGGUCCCGCACGGGGCGGAUCAGGGCCCUCGGCGCCACGCCCGGGGAGGCGCCCGGGCGCCCAGCGACCGCGAGGUCGACGCCUGGCGAGGCGAGGUCCGCGCGGCGCACGCCGGGGAGCGUGGUGUCCUCGCGGGUCUCGGCCCUGAGCCCCAUAGGCCAGAUCAUCCACCGCGCCCACCAGCUGGCCCAGCGCGGCGGGCAGCUGCGCAUCGGCGGUGCUUCGGCCUCGCCCGCGGGGGCGGCCUUCAGCCCCGCGCCCUCGCGGCCGGCGGCCACUGCGCGGCGGGUCGCCUCGGAGAGCCCCCCGAGUUCCCACCGCGGCUGCCUCUGUCACAGCCGCCACCAGCGAAGCGGGCGCGCCAAGGACUCUGAGGCGCUAGCCCAGCGCCCGCCCCGCGCUCGGCGUUGCCGGCCGGUAUCACCGACGGCCUGUUGUGAUCGAUGCCCCGGCGCGGCGCCUGUCGGCGCUCGGGGAAUCUUCUCUUGUCGCCGCCGCCGUCGUCAACGUUGCCGCCGUCGCCAGGGCGUCUCCCCACGUUCUCCGCCUGCACCACCUCCCCCUCCCGCUCGCCCGAGCUGCAGGCGAGGCCAGUACAGUGGCGCUCCCAGAUCGCGCGCCGUCGCGGGACAA